UCCAAGGACCUCCGUUUACAACGAAGGCUUCUAGAAAACAAACCUCAAAACAGAGAUAAAUAUGCCUUGGAUCUGGUACAUGUUGUUUUUCUUGAUUGGGAUGAACAAAACCUAAACAGAAAUACUAGUCAAUGCUCAGAAUACAGAAAAUGUGCACAGCUCUGGGACUACAUGGAAAGCCAAGGACACAUCUAUCUCCAAUUGAUCAGAAGCUCAGCUUCUCACGUUCAUAUUCUGUUUUGAAAAAAUAAUCACAAAAAUUGACUUUGGUAUAAGUUAUGCCUGUGUGACCCUUGUGAAGGACAUCAUGAUGGAUAAUAAACUGCCCGAAUCUUGCAAGCAUACAAAAACAGUGGCCCUUGAAGAGAUCCAUGCUGACUCCCAGGCUGCAGAGACCAAAGCUGGUCAGAUUCACUCAACAGUGCUGAGUUGCUCAACAGUGGUGGUGGAUUUAAGCCCUGGAUCAGGUGAAGGACCCACGCGUAGGGAACGCUUUAAAUCAGACUUGCAACAAGCCAGCCAAGAAAUCACAAUCCUGGUAACCAACCAUGAGUCACCAGAGACAGAAAUGGAGGAAAAUGAAUGUAUUGGAGAAAGUGACACCGAUCCUGAGUUUAUAGUGGCGAGUGAGGAGGACAGUCUGGAUGUAUCCAAGGUGGUGGCAGACUUGAUAGAACUCAGCCAAAUGCAAGAGACCUGUUUGAUCAGCAAUAGUUCAGCAGAGCAAAGCACCAGUACAGAUGGGCAUAACUUACCCAACACUGAUGAAUGCAGAGAGAGCCACAAAGGAGAAACACAAGCUAAAAGUCAAUACGAGAACAAAUCCCAAUCUGAAGAGGGAGUCAUUUCAUCUGACUCAGAGGAUCUUAAGAGGUCAGAAGAAACAGUGAGCAAUGUGGCAGUAAAUCAAGGGAAAUCCUUGGAAAAGAGCGACUCAGAUUGGGACAUGUUACCUAGACAACAGCACAUACAGACACAGGUCAGCCUAGAAGUUAUAUACCACUCAGCAGCCACCAGCCCCAUGACCCCUCCAGAAGGUUCCACUGCUUUCUUCUUCCCCUACUGUCUUAACAAGCUGGGCAAGGGUGAAGGGAGUGAAUUGGUUCCAGUGGAAACCAAGGAUGCCGAGCUGGCAGUACAGACUUGCUCAGUGGCCACAGCUCCCAUGACCCCUGUGGCUACAAAUGCACCAAAGCUACUGGUAGAAACUCGUUCAAUUGCAACAGCUCCCAUGACACCCAUUACAACAAUCGCACCUGAACUACAGGUAGAGACUCGCUCAGUUGCCACAGCUCCCAUGACACCCAUUGCAACAACUGCACCUGAACUACUGGUGGAGACCCGGUCAGUUGCUACAUCUCCAAUGACGCCCAUAACAACAAUUGCACCCGAACUAUCAGUAGAGACCCGAUCAGUUGCUACAGCUCCCAUGACACCAAUAGCAAAAUCUGCACCCGAACUAUCAGUAGAGACCCGAUCAGUUGCUACAGCUCCCAUGACACCAAUAGCAAAAACUGCACCCGAACUAUCUGUAGAGACCCGAUCAGUUGCUACAGCUCCCAUGACACCCAUAGCAAAAACUGCACCCGAACUAUCUGUAGAGACCCGAUCAGUUGCUACAGCUCCCAUGACACCCAUAGCAAAAACUGCACCCGAGCUAUCUGUAGAGACCCGAUCAGUUGCUACAGCUCCCAUGACACCCAUAGCAAAAACUGCACCCGAGCUAUCUGUAGAGACCCGAUCAGUUGCUACAGCUCCCAUGACUCCCAUAGCAAAAACUGCACCCGAGCUAUCUGUAGAGACCCGAUCAGUUGCUACAGCUCCCAUGACACCCAUAACAACUACUGCACCUGAACUAAUGGUAGAGACUCUAUCAGUUGCUACAGCUCCCAUGACACCCAUAGCAACAACUGCACCUGAACUAUUGGUAGAGACCCGAUCAGUUGCUACAGCACCUAUGACACCCAUUGCAACAGUUGCACCAGAACUACAGGUUGAGACUUGCACAGUGGCCACUGCUCCCAUGACACCCAUUGUUAAAAUUGCACCUAAAUUACAAAUAGACACUCGUUCAGUUGCCACAGUUCCCAUGACACCAACAGCAACAACUGCACCUGACUUACAGGUCAAGACUCAUUCAGUUGCCACAGCUCCCAUGACACCCAUAACAACAAUCGCACCAGGGCUACAGAUAGAGUCUCGGUCAGUUGCAACAGCCUCCAUGACCCCUGUAGCCAAAACUGCACCUGAACUACAGAUAGAGACUCACUCUGUAGCCACAGCUCCCAUGACACCCAUUGCAACAACUGCACCUGACCUACAGGUAGAGACACGUUCUGUUGCCACAGCUCCCAUGACACCCAUAGCAACAAGGGCACCUGAGCUACGAGUAGAAACACGCUCAAUUGCCACAGCUCCCAUGACCCCCAUAGCAACAAGGGCACCUGAACUACGGGUAGAAACUCGUUCAAUUGCAACAGCUCCCAUGACUCCCAUAGCAACAAGGGCACCUGAGCUACAGGUAGAAACCCGUUCAAUUGCCACAGCUCCCAUGACCCCCAUAGCAACAAGGGCACCUGAACUACGGGUAGAAACCCGUUCAAUUGCCACAGCUCCCAUGACCCCCAUAGCAACAAGGGCACCUGAGCUACAGGUAGAAACCCGUUCAAUUGCCACAGCUCCCAUGACUCCUAUAGCAACAAGGGCUCCUGAGCUACAGGUAGAAACUCGGUCAAGUGCCACAGCUCCCAUGAGUCCAAUCAUCUUAAGCUUGCCUGAGCUGAUCCCAGAGCCAGAGCCAAGGGUCAUGUCAUGUUCAGAGGACCCACCUGAACCAGUACAGGAACUUUGUUGGGAUGAGAAAGGCAUGACAUGGGAAGUCUAUGGUGCCAUGGUUGAGGUAUCUGUCCUGGGAUCAGCAAUCCAGAAGCACCUGGAGAAACAGGUUCUGAAGAAGCAAAUAAAACCACAAGAUACCUCAUCCAAUCAAACGUUGCCUUUAUACACCACAGACACUUCCACUCCUAUUCAUUCCACCCCACCUGCAUUGUCAGCAUCCAGUCGGUGUAGCUCGGCAAAAGGUAGCAGGAAAAAGGAUGAGAGAAAAGGAAAAAGAGGCAGACAAAGGCGAAAUCCUAUUCGCUUAUUUUUCAGGAACUUCAGAAGGCCAAACUGCUGCUCCCGGGUACAUGCUGAGUAGAUGUAUUGAAGAGACAGUACUUUGAAAUUGCAAUAGUAAGAGAUUUAAUUCGUGGCAAUCCAGUUGGAAGACAAUCCAGUUUUUCUGUAUGUAUUAAGUAUUGGAUUAUACAUAUAGAUUUUGUCAACUGAUAAACUCCUGACUGGGAAAUCAUGCCUCCCCAGUGGCAUGAUGUUUUUUUAAAUUAUUCUUUCUUACUGUGCGUCAUUUGGAAAUAAUCCUAAAAUAUUUUAUGAAGGGAUUAUAAAGUGAGUCAAAUGAAUGGUGAAAUGUCUUCAAGAUUACAAAGCAAGUUCAGCUACACUGAUUUAAUACCUGAACAUUUCAAUGAUGCAACUUUCACAGACAUUUCCAGUUCUGGACUCAAAUCAAUCAUCCAGCUUCAGCAGAGAAUCAAAUUCCCAGCAUCCUCGAGUGGAUCAUAAGAGUGUGAUUUGUUGUUUAAAGUGGGAUCAACCAGUGAAACAUUAACGAGCAGACAGCAGCCUCCAAUCAUGGUUACCCCUUGUUGGAUGGGGCAAGUGCUAACCUACACACUUUGUUACUGCAGAUACAUUGUUACUUACCUUGCAAUUGGGAUGAAGCCUACAGAGUUGCAUACUAAAGUGUAAAUUUAAGAGGGAUUUGGAUACUUUGUAUAUUUCAGAGCUCUCCUUGAAACCCUCUUUGGUAGAGUGACUGAAAGGACCCAGGGUGCCAGAUCUUUUAUUUUCCUUUGGAGUGUAAUUAGCUUAGGGUUUGAUGAUAUACAAGUGCAUAGACAAUCCUAGCUUUUUUGCUUAGCAGUUAUUUUUAGUGCUUUUUAACCUUUCACAUUAUGUUUUAAACGUUUCACAGGUCUAAGUGUCCUUUACCCUAUGUUCAUUCUACCAAGUGACAGAAUGGUGACUGCUCAUUGUCUUUGUACAGUACAUGCAUGGCACAAUUCUGUGAAUAUCAUUGGUAGCAGUGAGUGACAAAAGCACUUACAGUUGAACUGAGAUUUUCUCAAUCCUAUAUAAAUUGUACGUUUGAAUGCAACAAACCCAAACAAUCGGCUAAAGUGAUUCCUUUGACCAAUUGUAUGGUAUGUGUAGUCCGAUAAAUCUUCAUUUCCUCACCCACAUUUUAGUUCCUACUUACAAUUACAUCCUAAUUACUGUUGAUUGUGCAAAAUUGUACUAUUAGUUAAACAUGUAUUGAGACAUUAUGAAGAAAAAUAAAACUUGAAAGAAAGUAGCAGAGAUUAUUGUUUUCUCUGGUACGUGCAUGUGGCUAGUAUAGUGUGCUUGCUUUACUACUCUGCCUAUGAAUCAAACAACUAAUUUUUAUUGAUUCAUUUAUUAUUCAAUUUGUGUUUAUCCAGUUAGUUUUAGAAGCUAAAUAUAUAAAUAUUAUUGUUUCUUAGAAUGAUGGACAGGCCACACCCACUGCAGUCACUACACACCAUUGUUACUUGCUAGUGUGAAUGCAGGGCUAUGUACUUUUUUGUGUAAUACUAUCUUAAUCAGAAUCAUCUGCACGUAUCUAAGAUGCUUUUAGGAAUCACGAUUAAUUUAAAAAAUUUAAAAAACAAAGUGUAACAGCUUCUAGCUGUUUUAGAUGGAUUUCACAAACAUAGACUUGCAGGAAGUGACUUUUGGAUGAUCUUGUGGAAACCUGAGCAAUUUAUUAAUAUGAUAUUUUAACAGCCUUUGUUUUCAGACCAUGUUUCUUUAGUCAACCUGUAAAUGUGUUUCUUUCUUGCACUCCGUGACAAAGAUGCAAUGGUUAUUUGUAUUUCAUUAUACAUUAUAGGCAUCACAACUAUACACAUUAAUCAUCAAGCUCACUCAUGUAACUGUUAUGCAUAAAUACAUUAAAAUCACAUAAAUAAAUUAUUAUUUCAAAUAUUUACCUUGC